AUGCUUUUAAAAUUGGUCUUGUUUUUCACAAUUAAUAUUUUUUUUAUACACACAAAAUGUAAUUCAUAUUAUAUAAGAAGAAAAUUUUUUGAGAAUUUAUUUUUCUUAAAUUAUAAUUCAAACAAUUUAAAUAACUUUGAUAUAGAUGGUAAUAAGAAAAUAAAAACCCUUGGUAAGAAAAAGAAUUUUGUCAUAAAAUUAAAAAGUAAGGAAUAUAAUGAAAUAUACCAAAAUAGUAGAAGAAAAUAUAAAUAUAUAGAUAAGAAAUUUCCAGCAUGUUUUUUUUUAACUAAUGGGAGAGAGCGAAAUAAACUGGACAUACAAUGUGAUGAAGACAAUCAUCAUAAAUGGUUUUAUAUUUCUGGAAAAUAUAAAAAUAAAAAGGAUAGUUUAAAUAUAAACAGCCGAAUUUAUUCGGGAACAUUUGAUAGUAUUUUUAAAGAAAAUUUUAAUGAAAAUGAUAGACUAAAAAAAAGUGAACUAAUAUCAAUUCUAGCAUGUAUAUGUACAAAUAUAGUAAUCCAGUAUUUAAAAAUAAAAGAAGAAAAAAAAAUGGAAAAUUUUGAUUACUCUUUUGAUUAUAGUGUUAUGAACAUAUUGAAGUUGGUAAACUUUGAAUAUGAUGUUAAUGAAGAAAUUGAGAAAAAAAAAAAAAAAAAAUAUAAAAAAAAAAAAAAAGAAUAUAUAGAUAAAAGAUAUAGGACAAAUGAUAAUGCUGAUUUUGAAAACAAUAAAAUAGAUAAUGAAUACACAGAAGAAGUAAAUAUAAAUAUAGACAAUAAAAAUACGAAAGAAGAAGAUGAAAGAUUAAAUGAGUAUAUUAAAAAGUUAGAAUAUAACACGCUAGAAUUAACUGAAAUAGAACCAUAUAUCGAUUUAUUUUUUGGAAAAAAAACUUAUAAAAAUAUUUUUAUAAAGCAUAAUAUUGAUAUACAAAAAAUAUACAAGGUUUUAAAUGAAGCACUUUUUGAUAAAUGUAAAGAAAAGGAAAACGUUAUACAACUUCAAAAAUUUGUUGAAGAAGAAGAAAAAACCUUAAAAAAAAAAAAAAUUAAUGUAAGAAAUGCAAAAACAUUUAAUGAUUAUAUGCACAAUUUUAAUGCUUUAGAAGAGAAACGAAAUAUUGAGGAAGUGGAAAAUAUACUUUAUGAUGAUAUGAACAAUUUAAUGGAAAACGAAACGAUUAUUAAUGAUGAUAUUGUAAAGAAUAAAGAAAAGAAAAAAAAAAAAAAAAAAAGAGAAAAUAGCCAAAUUACAAAAUGGAAGAAGGAAAAUAAAUAUGAAGGAAAACUCGAGUUAGACUCUUCAAGUGAUGGCGAUGAUGAUGAUGAUGGAAAUUGGGAAAAUGAAAAUGAGGAAACUGAAAAUGAGGAAACUGAAAAUGAGGAAAAUGAAAAUAGGGAAAAUGAAAAUAAGGAAAAUGAAAAUGAGGAAAAUGAAAAUAGGGAAAAUGAAAAUAAGGAAAAUGAAAAUGAGGAAAAUGAAAAUAGGGAAAAUGAAAAUAAGGAAAAUGAAAAUGAGGAAAAUGAAAAUAGGGAAAAUGAAAAUAAGGAAAAUGAAAAUGAGGAAAAUGAAAAUGAGGAAAAUGAUGAUAAUUAUGAAAACAAAAACGACGAAAAAAUAAAUUCUCUUUCAUACAUUUUAAUAAAAAAUUGUAACAAUUUAGAGAAGGAAAAAAACGAAGAUCAAAAAGAAGAUAAAAGUGAUAUAAUUUUAAUAAAAUUUAUUUAUGAUAAUAAGUAUAAAUGUGAAUUUAGAACGGAUAUAGGUGUUAUAGUAUAUGACAUGGAAAAUGAUCAUUUUGAAAAUCUGGAUAAAAUAAAGAUGAUAAAUAUAGGAAAGGAAUGCAAUGAUAAUAUUAUUAUUAGUGGGGAAAAUAAAGUAUGUGAAAAAAAUGAAUUAAAUGACGAUAGUCUAAAGUUUAUAGAAAAAAUAAACUUAUACGAAUUAUAUUCCCUUCCAUAUAAAAAACGAUAUAAGAAAAAACAGAGAAUAAUAAAAGAAAUAAAUAAAAAAAUAAAUUAUGACAAUGUGGAAGAAAACGAUAAGAAAGUAUUGUUAUACACAUAUUUAAGAAUAUGGAAUGAUGAUUUACAUUUUUAUGAAUUAAAUAAAUUUGAUAUUAAAAUGUUUGAAAAGGAUAAAAAUAACGGCGAAGAAAUUGAUGAAAAUAUAUCUUUGAAUGGAAAAAAAAAAUACAAUUUUUUUCGAAAUUAUAAUUAUUCAGAUAAAGAAGAAAUAUUAAUUACAAGUGGCACAUACAACAAAAUAAUUAGUAGCGAAAAAAAUUUAGAAAAAAGGAAUAAAAAUAUUUACGAUUUAUUAAGUAAUGAUGAAAAUUUCUUUAAUGAUGAUUUUAUUUCAUUUAAUUUAAAUUUAUAUAUAAAUAAUAGAAAAGUAAUAAACAAUAUUGAAGAUUUAAUAAACAUUUUAAAAUCGUUUAAUUGCUAUUUUAGCAAAAAUAUUUUAAAUUAUUUAAUAAAAAUAAAAAAAGAAAAAAAUGAGUUUUUGUUUUUAUCCUAUAAACAAUUUUUAAAUAAUUAUACGUUUAAUGAAGAGGAUGAAUUAUUUAGUGUAAAUAAAAUUUUGGAUAAAUGUCGAAUUGAGAAUAGGUAUAUUAAUUUAUUUGGGAAAGAUGAAAAUGGAAAUUAUAGGAAUAAUAGAUUUUCAAAAUUAUUUGUAUUUCCUAUAGCAUCAAAAUAUAGGUUAAAGAAAUAUAAAUUUAUUAAAAAUGUUAAAUUGAAUAUAUUUGAUACUCGAAAAGGGAUGAAUUUUUGUGGUGAAAAACGAAGAAAUGGUACUUCUAUUUAUUCAAUCAUUGAUGAUAAUAAAAAAAACAAAAGAAAAAAUCGAGAAAAAAAUAUGAAAAAAAAUGAAAAUAAUUAUAUUACACAAUUAAUGGAAGAUUAUGAUACAGAUUUUAGUAAAAAAAUAGAUAAUGAAUUGAUAAAUUUUGAAAAUAUUAAUAACAUUAUAGAAUUAAAAGAUGGAAAUAAAGAAAAUAUUGAAAAAGAAAAAAACAAUUCUUAUUCAAAUGAUGAUAAAAAAUUUGUACAAAAUGAAAAAUCAAAUAUUGUGAAAAAAUCUUAUUUCAAAAAAAUGAUAGAAAAACAAAAAAAAAUAAAUGAUUUUUUGAGUUUAGAAAAUAUGAAGGGAAAUAUAAAAAAGCAUAUUAACAUUGUAGAUUUAGAUGGCGCGAUUAAAUAUUUUACUAAUGAAGAACAAGCAGGUGGGAAAAACAAAAAAUUUGAUAGCAUCAAUAAUAUUAAUGAUGAAGAAGAAAGAAAAGAAUUUAAUUACAAUAAAUCCCAAGAUAUUGUUGAAGGAAUAAAUAAAAUGGAGGAAAUCGAACUUGAUGAAUCUAUAAAGAAAAUGUUACAAAAUAAUAAUAUGCAUAGAUUAAAUACAAUAGAAACUGAAAAUAAGAUAAAUAUUGAAAAAAAAAAAGAAGAAAAAGAAAAAAUUAAUAACUUUUUUAAGGAUAUGAAAGCACAGGUAAAAAUAAGUAAUGAUACGUGUGUAGGAUGUGGUAUAUCAUUUCAAACGAUAGACAAAAAAAGAUUGGGAUAUUUAAGAAAUCAUAUAUAUAAAAAAGUAAUAACUGAUGAAGAAAAUUCAGAUAAAGAUAGUAUACUAAAAGAAAUAUAUGAAGUAAAUGAAAAUUUUGACGAAAAUAAAAAAUUUGAAGAAAAUGUUGACUUAAAUUAUAAGCUAGAAUUUGAAGAAAUUAUAAAAUCAACAAAGAAAUAUAUUCAAAAACAAAAUGAAAAAAAUGAAGAGAUCGAAAUAAAUGAGCAAGAUAAAAAGGGAGAAAUUUUCAAUGAUCAUUUAAUAAAUAAUAAAGCUAUAAAUAACACAUCAAUGAAUUGUCUAGAAGAAGGGAUAAUGAAAGAUGGAGAAAGUGAAAUAGUGGAUAAUAAACCAUAUAUAUGUGAAAGAUGUUUUGAUUUGAAAUAUAAAAAUAGGAUAAAAAACAACUUAAUAAUUAACUAUAGUAAUAAAAAUGAAAUAAGUGCACAUGAUUUUGAAAAAUAUGUUAUAAAUAUAUUUAAAAAGAAAUGCUUUAUUAUAUAUAUAGUUGAUAUUUUAGAUUUAUAUAUAUAUUCCAAUUUACAAAAAUUAUUUAAAAUUUAUAAAAAACUUCACUCAGAUAAAAAAAAAGUUGAAGGAUUUUAUUUUUGUAUUAAUAAAAUAGACCUAUUAAAGGGCUAUAAAGAAUUUACUGUUAAAACCUAUAUUCAUAAUUUUUUGAAAAAUCAUAAAAUAAACAUAUUAUUUAAUAAUAUAUUUUUAAUAAGUGCAAAAACUGGAUAUAAUGUGAAAAAAUUAAUAUACACUGUUUAUGUGCGAAGUAAAAAUGCUUUUAUGAAAAAAAAAAAAAAAAAAAAAAAAGAAAACUCUGAAGAUUUUCCAUUAUCAGAAGAUAGUGAUGAAGAAAUUAGCAAACAAAAUGAAGAGGCUGUGGUGGGUGAAAAUGAGGAAACUGGAGAUCAGAAUGAGGAAUAUAAAGAUUUUAUGAGCGAAUUAUAUGAAAACGAUAAAAAUGAAAAUGAACAUAUUUUGAAAGAACAUGGAAGAAAGAAAAAAAAAAGAAAUCCCAAAAAUGUGAAUCUAUACAUAGUAGGUAAUGCAAAUAGUGGUAAAUCUACACUCAUAAAUUAUUUACUAAAAAGUUUAACAAAGGAAAAAAGUAAAAAUAUGAAUAGUAAUAAUAACUUUUUAAUUAGUAACAGUAUUAUACCAGGUACAACAUUAAAAAAUAUAAAAAUAAAAUUAAAUAACAAUUUAACAAUAAAUGAUACUCCUGGUAUAAUUUCAAAUAAUUCGAUUUUGUCAUAUUUAAAUUUUGACGAAAUGAAAUAUGUAGUUUGUACAAAACUGAAAAAAAAAAUUCCUUCAAUUUAUAUUAAUGAAAAUGAUUAUAUAUUUAUUGGCGGGAUAGUAUAUAUUAAUAUUUUAAAUAUAAAAAAAUAUUAUUCUAUUAUGUCGUUUUUUAUGUCUGAUAAAAUUCCAAUUAUAAAAAGAAAAAGAUUUUCAAAAGAUCCAAAAGAAUUUUUGAAGAAAAAAAUACAAAGUGGAUAUAUUUAUCCACCAUUUUCAGUUGAUAGAUUUAAUGAAAUUAGUGAUUUUAAAAAAUGUCAUUUUAAUAUAAAUAAUCCAUAUGUAAAUACAGAUAAUAGUAGUUAUGAUAUACAUAUUCAAGGAUUGGGUUGUAUUACUUUUUAUUCUUUUCAAAAUAUCGAAUUUGAUUUAUAUACACUAAAAAAUGUUGAUGUGAUCGGAAGGCCAUCUUUAAUGCCUUAUCACAAAAAAUAUGGAAUGCUCGAUUUUUCAGUAAAAAAAAAAAUAUAA